AUGCCUCUUGCCAAAGGUCCAAUACCUACUUACCGCGUCGACAUCGCUAUCGCACCAGAGAAGCGCUAUGUAGAGGUGGCGCGCGAUUUUGCGCCGCGGAUGCGCGACAUGACAGCGAUAUUCAACGACCUGCUGGCGUCCAUUUUCAGGUAUCCCAUCGUCUGCUGGCUCGUCAAGGCCUGCGUCAGGGUGUGCCUCCGCAGACUCCACGAUGACGAGCAAGACCGCGAAGUCAAAAGCAUCGCCAAGUUAGUCGGCAUGGACAAUUACCUCCUCAUCGCUCUGAAUAUCCUUCUCGACGUAAUGAUGGGCUGCACGGCAGGAUGCAUCUUGACAGAGCCCAACAACCCGCAGCCACCAGAGGCCACCAGCCGCUUGUUUCAUUUUCGAACACUGGACUGGGCCAUGGAUCCUCUCAGACACCUGCUUAUUGUUGUAGAGUUUGUAGACUCCAAUGACGACCCCCAUCGAGUUAUUGCCAGGUCGAUUACUUAUGCCGGCUUUGUGGGUACUUUGACAGCCACGAGACCCGGGCUCUCCAUAUCACUCAACUACCGGCCAUCGAAUGAGCAUUCAUGUUCGAGCGCAGCCGUCCGGAAACACCAGUUGCUAGUUCUGUUGGGCUUCCGCCCAUCCGUAGCUUCUGUCCUCCGCUCCGUGAUCCUCAGAGAGGGAGGCUGGGCGCUUCACGAAACAUCGGAAAGCGACAAUGCCUCGGCGCCAAUAACAGCUCUAGCAACCCAACUGACGAAGCAGCCCACUUCGCCAUGCUACCUCACGCUCUGCGAUGGUCUGAGCGCUGCAGUGAUCGAGAAGGAUGUGUAUAGUGGAAAAAUGAAGACUUCUGAUCGUUUCAUUGUGCAAACGAAUCACGACACUCACAAGUCUGGCUGCUGUUCGGGAAGGCGCUUCAUGCCGUCUGAUUCAGAUGACCCUCGAGCUUCGCUUUUGGGCGCAGAGCCUUGGCUGAAAGACUCAAAUCUGCGCAUGACUAUGCUGCAUGAAAAGUGGUUGCUCCAUGCCGCCGGCUUAGACACUACUACGCCUGUAGAAAUUGAAAAGAAGGAGGAAAAUGGCUUGUGUUUCAGUCAAAGGGCCGAUGUCUCGAAUGUGAGGCCUAGGGUAGGGGUCAAGGAGCGUUUGUUGCAAGAGUGGAUGAUGGAGUUCCCAAUCAUCAACGAGUGUUCUCAUUAUGGCUGCAUUAUGGACCCUCGGACGGGUGACAUUAGAUGGCUGGUCCGGGGAAUGAUCGAGUAUGACCCCGAAAAUCCGCGGUUUUAG